CCUCCUGCAGAAAUUGAACGCAAAAUUUGGAAGAACAGACAUACAAAACUACGUACAUUAAACCGACAUGAAUCUGCGUGAGAGCCCUCGUACUCAACAGAAACUUUCUCGGCAAUCAUCGAAGUCAAACAGAGGGGUGAAGCAAGAGGCAGCUGCUAGCCCUCUCUCGAGUGGAUGCUGUCGAGGCUUGAGCAGCGUAAGGACUGUGUCAUCCACCGCACCAACCUCGCAGCAACACGAUCAGCUCCAACAGCGUUAUGAAAAAUUGGAAGCGAAGGUAGCAGGUUUGGAAAAAGAAGUGCAAAGGCAGACAGAACUUCGAGUCAUGUAUAGGAAAAGAAUGGAAAGAACACAAGAUUACUUAAAAUACUGUCUCCAAAUAGCACAGGAAAAUGGAAUCUUGGACCUCAUUGUCCACUCCAAAGUUGAACUCUCACAGUCUCCCCUCUCUCUAUAUACCGCCAACUCCACUCCUCCCAUCCCCACUCCUUCCCACCACCCCAAUCUAACGGCCAUCAUUGAUCAAGCCAAAAUCAAUGGAUGGUAUAUCAACCCAAGUGAGAUUGAGUUGGUAGAAAAAAUAGGGCAAGGAACCACCGCAGACAUUCACAAAGGGACAUGGCGUGGAUUUGAUGUGGCGGUGAAGUGUAUGUCCACUGCAUUCUUCCGCACAAACGAAAACGGUGUCGUAUUCUUCGCUCAGGAGCUCGAAACCCUCUCAAGGCAGCGCCACCGGUUCGUGCUCCACCUCAUGGGUGCAUGUCUUGAGCCUCCUCAUCAUGCAUGGAUAGUUACUGAGUAUCUCAACACCACGCUCAAGGAGUGGCUACAUGGGCCUGCCAAAAGGCCCAAAAACAGAUCCGUCCCACUUCCUCCCUUCAAAGACAGACUCAUACGGGCCUUGGAAACAGCCCAAGCCAUGCAGUAUCUCCACGACCAAAAGCCCAAAGUGGUUCACCGUGACUUGAAGCCCAGCAACAUCUUCCUGGACGAUGCAUUGCAUGUUAGGGUUGCGGAUUUUGGACAUGCACGGUUCUUGGGUGACGACGAAAUGGCCCUCACCGGAGAAACAGGAACAUACGUGUAUAUGGCUCCAGAGGUAAUCAGAUGUGAGCCCUAUAAUGAAAAAUGUGAUGUAUACAGUUUUGGAAUCAUACUGAACGAGCUACUUACUGGAAAAUACCCUUAUAUUGAGACACAAUUUGGUCCCGCCAAGAUUGCCAUGGAAGUUGUGGAGGGCAAGCUAAGGCCUUUGCUUCCAUCAAGGGACGAUGGUGACCAACUGGGAGAGCUAAUUGACUUAAUAUGUCUUUGCUGGGAUGGAAAUCCAUCCACUCGACCAUCCUUCGCAACAAUUAGUCGUAGCCUCAAAAGCUAUGCCAAGAGGGUCCUCCAAAUUUCUAGUUAGUGUAUCGAACAUCAAAUCAAUUGUUUACUAAUUCGAAAAGCAGUACUAGUAUAAUUAAGCAACAUAUGAUGCACGAUUCGUUUAUACGUGGAAUUAAUUAAUAAAAUGCAUAAUGAAUUUUAUAAAAUUUAUCUGGUAAAAAGCAAUAUCAAUAGAUCAUUUUUAUAAUAUAAA